GUGUGUAGGCGCGCGGUCCUCUGCUACGCCGUAGAGCUACGGCGCGCUACGACAUCGGAAAGUAUUUCGCGGGUGAACUUUGGUGUUGAAUAGUUUAUUAUGACUGAGUGCUAUGGGAUGUUGGCAGGACGAACUUGAUCAUUGACUUACUACCGAUAUACUAACUGCAUACUACUACUCGUCGGUCCGCCAUGCUGCCUGCAGUGCUGCCCGCGCUGGUGGUACUCAUCGUGACCGUAUCGCCGUCGUCAUGUCAGCUGCUGUUCCUGAUGGAGCCGCCCCCUCGGCUGUCGUUCUCCAACAGCACGGGCGCGCGCGUGUCCUGCGCGGCGCACGGCACGCCGGCACCCAUCAUAUCCUGGCUCACUGAGGACGGAGCCCCUGUGUCUGAUAUUCCUGGACUCAGGAGCGCGCUGUCGAACGGCACGCUGUGGCUGGGCGCGUUCUCGGCGGCGCAGUACCGCAGCGACGUGCACGCCGCCGUGUACCGCUGCCGCGCCGCCAGCACCGCCGGCACCAUCCUCUCGCGGGACAUGAGGCUCGAGGCCGUAAUGGACGUACCGUGGGACGUGCGCGUGCAGUCGUCCCACGGCGUGGCGGGCGGCGCUGCCCUGCUGACCUGCAGCGUGCCGCCCAUCGUGAGGAGCCACGUCACCGUCUCCAGGUGGUUCAAGGACGGCAACGUACUGGCACCACUCGCCGCUGAAGCUGGUGGUCGCUACAUAGUGGGUGGCAGCCGCAGCGACAUCCUGGUGGUGCGGGACGCGCGCCCCGAGGACAGCAGCUCCUACUCCUGCGAGGCGCAGCACGCACUCACUGGCGAGAAGAGGAGGAGCCCUGCUGCCAUGGUCACCGUCACACAUGCCUCAUCAAGCAUGGCUCCGCGGAUGCUGACAGUGUCAGAUGAUGAGAUGGUGCCCCAGGGAGGUGACAUCAGACUGGUGUGCUGCGCUAUUGGUAGUCCUCCACCCACGUACAGCUGGUUCCGCCACUCCAAUGGUCGUCUGAGCCCAGUGUCCAACAGCAUCAGGAUCUCGGUGUCAGACCAGGUGCUGAUCAUCCGGCGGGCGCAGCUGUCUGACGGCGGCGUGUGGACGUGCAGGGCCCACAACCAGUUCGGGGAGCAGAGAAGGGACGCCAGGCUCCGAGUCAGGUCGCGGCUGGUCGUCAGUGUACAUCCACAACUACAGGUAGCCAAUUCUGGGAGCUCGGUAGCUUUCAACUGCUCCGUGGAAGGCGGGGAUGCUCGCGUGAGGUGGCUGCAUGAUGGAGUGCCGGUGGGGGGCGGGGAGCGGACGCUGAGGGUGCACGGAGUCGUCAGAGCACACCGCGGCAUGUACCAGUGCUUCGCUGAGAGGGACCUGGACAGCGCGCAGGCUGCGGCGGAACUGAGGCUGGGAGACACGGCACCGGAGCUACACUACACGUUCAUAGAACAGGCGUUGCACCCGGGACCGUCCCUGGCCCUACACUGCGCCGCGUCCGGCAGCCCCCCACCACGUUUCACCUGGCUGCUGGAUGGACAGGCGGUAGAAGAACACAAUACUGCACAAAGAAGUAUAAGUCAGUUCCUGAACUCGAACGGAGAUGUGGUGAGCUACAUGAACCUGACGUCAGUGCGGCCUGAGGACGGCGGCCGGUACACCUGCAGGGCGCACAACUCCAGGGGCGCCGUCGAGCAUUCCACCAGGCUUAAUGUUUAUGGUCCACCUUCGAUCCGUAACAUCGGUCCAGUGAGGGUGGUGGCGGGCGUGAACACCACCAUCUACUGUCCAUUCUCCGGAUUUCCAAUCAGUGAGAUUCGGUGGCAGCGUGGUGGACUGGAUGUCAGCUCUACAGGAGGCCGCGCGUUGUCGGGAGUUGGUGGAGAACUGCUGUUGUGGCCAGCGGAGCCUGCUGAUGCAGGAGUCUACUCCUGCAGGGUGACGUCACCAUCAGGACAAUAUGCUCAAAAAGAUGUUCAGAUCUUUGUUAGAAAUCCACCAAAAAUUGCCGGGUUCUCGUUUCCACUUGAUUUAGUGGAAGGCAGUUCAAUACAAGUUCUGUGUGGGAUCACGUCAGGUGACAAACCAGUUUAUUUUUCCUGGCUCAAAGAUGGGCAGCAUAUACCGUCUGGUUUACAGGUGCAAGAGAAAUCACUAGACGAAUUCAGUUUCCUAAUAUUUUCUCACGUAACAUCGAAACACAGUGGUGACUAUACAUGCGUUGCUAGCAACUCCGCAGCAGAAGUUAACCAUACUGCCAGAUUGGCUGUGAAAGUGGCUCCAUCUUGGGUGUAUGAACCUCAAGACGUAUCGGCUCUUUUAGGAACUCAGAUUUUGGUGCACUGUUCUACCAAAGGUUAUCCUGAACCAAGGAUUUCUUGGCUCAAAGGUCAUGGGUCAGGAGUAAGUGAUUUUCGACCAGUUUCAAACCUGGAUCUCCAGUUCGCUGUGCUUCCUAACGGAACACUGAGCAUAGCACCGGCUGCACAUCAUCAUGAGGGACAGUACAUGUGUCGGGCAGAGAACGGCAUCGGAAGAGGGCUCUCCAAGAUUAUCGCAGUAUCCGUAAAUGAACCGGCUCAUUUUGAGUUUUCCUCACGCAACAUGACCGUAAAAAGGACCGCGCAAGCGACACUGCAGUGCGAUGCACGCGGAGAUCCACCCAUACAACUGCAGUGGACACACAACAUGAAGAGGGUGGAUCUUACUACUUACAGAGUAUCAGUCUCAGAAAAGCGAUCAGACAGCGGUGUGAGCUCCCAACUGAGCAUAGCGCACGCUGAACGUCAUGACUCCGGAGUGUAUCGCUGUCGAGCUGAAAACGCAUACGGCAGAGAUGAACUUCUCAUAUAUCUUGCUGUCCAAGAGUUCCCCGAAGCACCAGUGGGGUUGCACGUAUCCCGUCGAACAGGUCGUGGUGCGUCUCUGUCCUGGCGGCGCGGGUACGAUGGCAACGCGCGCGUGUUACUGUACCGCCUGCAGUACCGUGUUGUAGGAGACACGAGGAGACCUGACGCAGGGGACUGGGCUGAUGCACCUACCAGAGACGUACCUGCUGAAAGAGUCAUUGAAAGACAGGACCCAGACUCGGGUUCGGAAGUAAACCUGGAGUAUAGAGUAGAAGGUUUGCGACCGGCUACAGCGUACGCACUGAGACUCGCUGCUGUCAACGCUAUAGGUGAUAGUGACUACUCGGAACCUGUUAUUGUACAGACUUUAGAAGAAGCUCCAUCAGAGCCACCUCACAAUGUACAAGUCCAGGCCACCGCACCUGGAGAGCUACUCGUGAAAUGGCAGGCACCACCACAAGAGUCGUGGAACGGUGAACUUCUGGGUUACGUGGUGACGUGGCAUGAGGUGUCGUCGUCUGGGGACAAUAAGACGUCUGCGCUGACGGCGGCGGGGUGGGGCGCGGCGCACGCGGUGCUGGUGGCGCUGCGCACGCAUGCGCAGUACGAGGUCAAGGUGCGCGCCUUCAACGCCGUGGGCGCCGGCCCGCCCUGUGCACCACUCACUGCUACCACUCUGGAAGGAGCUCCGGAAGGCCCUCCAGAGCGAGUUCGCUGCGAGCCACUGUCCGCGCAGUCAGUACGCGUGUGGUGGGAGCCACCGCCUCCAGUACUCAGAGGUGGAGUGUUGCUGGGAUACGAAGUACUGUAUGAGACUGUCGACGAGUUGGAGAGCCAAGUAGAGACUCGUCGCUCCGGUGGCAUGGAGACAGUGCUGCAGGCGUUACAGAGAGCUGCCAACUACAGUAUAGCGGUGCGCGCUAGGACCGCGGCCGGGACCGGCCCCACUUCUGAACCCGUUUACUGUGCCACACAUGAAGACAUACCGGGAGCUCCAAUGGAUAUAAAAGCAGUAGCCAAUUCUGAAGACACAGUGAUCGUGAGCUGGCUUGCCCCACUGCAGAAAAAUGGCAAGAUCAAGCAUUACACUGUUUAUAAUAGACCACAAAGAACAGGCCAGCACUCACACUUGAUGGUACUACACAAAGAGGAAGAGGAGGAGUAUCAGGUGGAAGUGAGAGGUCUUCAAGAACACAUCGUGUAUGAGUUCUGGGUGACGGCGGCCACUGCGUCUGGCGAGGGAGAGAUGAGUGCGAUAGUCGCGAGGAAACCGAAUCCUAGAGCACCAGCGAAAAUCACAUCGUUCGGCCGUCGACUGGAGGCGAAGGAAGGCAGUCGUGCGCGUGUUACGUGCGCUGCAGCCGGUGCACCGCCUCCACACCGCGCCUGGUCGCGGCGACGGCCUGCACCGCCCCUAGCACAUGACGCUAACUUCCUCAUCGAUGGACCCUAUCUUAUCAUUCUUAACGUGGACCGCAGUGCAGCGGACAACUACACGUGCACGGUGCGCAACCCGUGGGGCGAGGAGCGCGCCGCCUGGGAGCUGCGCGUGCUGGCGCCGCCCGCGCGCCCACACCUGCGCCUGGCCGCCGCCGCGCCCGCGCGCCUGCAGCUACUCUGGGAGAAACCACACUCUGGAGGAUCCAAUCUCCACGGCUACAUACUAGAGUACUCUCGAUCAGACGCCAGCAGAUGGCAGCAGACCCGCCUCCCGGCAGACACGCGCACGCACUCGCUGGAGCGGCUGGCGUGCGGCACGCUGUACAAGGUGCGCCUCACUGCGUACAACGCGGUCGGAGCCUCGCCGCCCAGCGACGAGCUCAUCGUCUCCACUAAAGGAGGACCAUCAAAGGCAUCACCAGAAAAGGAUCUGAUAACAACCAACAGCACGUGCGUUCGACUCAACUUACUGACAUGGGACAGCAAUGGCUGCCCUCUGACACAGUUCUCCGUAUCUGUGAGGAGUUUCGAGGAGUCGUCCUGGAUGACACAGACUGUAUCACCGGCAGCACAGCCCACUGUUAUCUGUGGGUUGACAUUGGCAACCUGGUACCACUUGAAAGUGGUCGCAGUGAGCGCCGCGGGGACUACCCUGGGCAACUAUUACUUCUCUACUCUAACUGAAAAUGGAGAUCGUAUACCAGCACCAGCUCACUUCCCCCCUGGUGGGGAGGAGGGGGAGGAGCGUGCGACUGCUGUGUUGGCUGCGGCCGGUUGUGGUCUACUUGCGGCACUGCUGUUACUGGCUACACUUGCUUAUAAGCGAAGUCCAUCGGCAUCGUGCUUUAGAAAAGGUUACGAGCAGGGAGAUAUCUCGGAGGAGGAGGACAAGUCAGUAGAGAAGAGGGACAACCGCCGGAACUGUCAGCAGGUGUACACGUCCUCGCCCAUCAAGCAUCCCAUUGGGAAGAAAGACCAACAAGAGAUGUACGAGAUAAGUCCGUACGCGACGUUCAGUAUGUCUGGGGGCGCGAGCGGCGCGGGCGCGGAGGCGGCGGAGGGCGCGGCGGGCGGCGGCACGCUGCGCACGUUCGGCCGCGCCGAGCCCGCGCCGCUGCAGGCCGCGCCGCCGCGACACCAUCUGCAUCACCAUCUGCACCAUGAGAAUGCGGAUGAGUACACAUUGUCUCGGGCGAUGACGCUGAUGGUGCGUCGCUCGGAGUCCGACUCGGACUCGAGCGGCUCGCCCUGCGCCGAGUGUAACUCCAGCGUGUCCUACAGGAUGCCUGUCACACCGGGGAAAGAUGAAGUAUUCCGUGCAGUAACGGACUCAAGUGCAGAGUCGGCGGCGGACGCGCGCUCCGUGUCGCAGCGACCGCACGACAAGUCGCGGCGACGACCGCGGCGACAUCACACGCCCACAUCGUCUAGGUAAACUCUAUAUUAGAUAUCAACAGCGGCAGGAACAAGAGAGAAGAGAUUUUACGAUACACGUAUAGGUACGACGACAAUAAAGACUGCUACAAGCGAAAUACUAUAAAAUUGUUACCUAGCUAAUUUACCGUUUUAGCUCUAAGAGAUUUUAACAAAAAAUUAAAUGUAAAUAUUUUAGGACGUUUUGUACUGUGUUGGAUUUGAAAAAAUAAUGCGGCCUAUUUGGUAUCACUAAAUUAACAUUUUUAUUGAAUAUAUACUUUUGAAACGAAGCGUUUCUUCUAAACUCCCACCUUUGUAGAAAAUCCAUAGUCGGUUAAAAUUACUAUUCCAGUACAUUUAUAACAAUAGUCUUAAAUUAUAUUAAACAAAUCAAUCCAGAAUCAUAUCUGACGAAAUGUAAAAAGUAGUACUUAGUUAUAUCGUAAGAAGUCAAUAAUGUAAGUACAAGAAGAUUUUAUUGUUAGUAUUAAAGGACGAGAAAAUACGAUUUUCCUGUUUGCAAACGGGCUCGAUAGAUGGCGUUGUUUCAUAUAAUUGAAUAAUUUUGUGUGUUCAACUGUUUUUGAUUAUUUUUUAAGAAACUCAAAUUACGAUCUCGUUAUUUGUAUUCUUGUAUAUUAAAUUGUAUACAUUGUUCUCAAAAUAAAUAUAAGUUAGUCUUGUUUUAUCUGAAACAUGGUGAUGUUUAAACUCUUCUAUGAGUUAAAUCGUAUUUUAAGUGUAGCAAUAAAUAAACGAAUUCGUGCCAAUUAAAUUGACAUCAGUUGUGGAACUUAUUGUACCGAACUUAUUAUUAAGUAAAAUUAAAUGUUUAUUAAUAUUAACACAGGAUAAUGCUAUAACUGUUGUGGCUUGUGAAACUCAGGACUUUUGUUGCCAACCACAAAUAUAAAUAGAUUUAACUUACUACAUACAUAUUACUGUACCACUAUAUGAUAAUUAUGCGAUAAAAUUACAGUUUUUGAAGUUUUGUAUUGAGCACAAUUUUACCCCUUUGUACUAAAUUGAUAUACUUGAUAAUUUAUAGUGGUCUAACGUGAGAUUGUUUUGUACUCUUGUAAUAAGUUAAUGUAGAGUAUCCUAGCAAUAGUAUCGAACCGAUCUACUCAAGUCUUAUGUUAACUGUCACUGCCUACGUGUUUGCUACUGUACAUAUUUUAACUGAAACGAAAAAUAAAAUCGAUUACUUAA